UCGGGAGUAUAAAUAGAGGAGCGAGGAGAGAGAGUUCAGCACAGCUCAGAUCUGAUCCUAACGGAGAACUGAACACAAGACACACAGCCAUGGCACCUACAAUCACUGGAUCAAGCAUCAGCAGAGAACAACUUCCACUCACAAACAAGCUGAGAAAGCCAAUAGUGGAGAAGAUCCGCAGAGAACGGAUCAACAGCAGCAUUGAGAAGCUCAAGUCUCUUCUGGGUCAAGAGUUCCUAAAGCAACAGCCCGACUCCAGACAGGAGAAAGCUGAUAUCCUGGAGAUGACGCUCGAUUUCUUGAGACGCUCCCAGAAUCCCUCGGGCUGCUCUACUGCAGCUCAUGACGGACGCUCCAGAUGUGUUCAGGAGGCCGUCAACUUCCUGUCUCAGUGUCCAGUGCAGACUCAGUCCCACAGAAGACUGCUGAAGCACUUCCUGCACAUGCAGCCGUCCACAGAGAACAACACACGUGUGCUGCUGCCUCAUCAGCUCCAUUCACCAGACGCAAAGAGCAAAGAGGAACCUCUGGCGCUCUGGAGACCCUGGUAGAGCCACCAGGACCGUAUGAUUUAUCAGACAGAAUUCAUAAUGCCAGUCUGAGAUUGGCAUGGACUGUAAUUCUAACGUAGGAAUUGAUUUCCGCCUCUGCAGCUUCUGCAGGAUCUUUAAUCUGCUUUCAGAGAAAGUUGCUGUUUUAUUGAAACUGUGUGACAAGAAAUAUUUGAUCAGAAUGUACAGAAUUAUUUGCUGUGUAAAAUGAUUAUUACAUUCGUGAAAAAUAAGAUUCAAAGUAUUUGGCCACAGAAAUGUUAAAGUCUGAUUCAGACGUUUGAACUCUUGUAGGUCUUUCACCCAUGUUGGGUUUAUUCUCUCUGCAUCUAAAGGAUGAUGACACUGCUUUCAUUGACUGAAAGCUUUUGAUUUAUAUUUCUAUUGUUAGAAAUACAUCUAAUGCUUCUCUUGUUAUAUGAGAAAUAUUUCUUCAUUUGAAAGAUUUUAUUGUGUGUUGUAAGCACAAAUGAUUGUUUGCAUGUGUUUACAUGAAUGAGACAUUUCCCCUGUAAAGGGCAGUUGAAUAUUGUCACUGUUAGUGAUUUGACUUCUAUUUUUACAAAGUCAAGUUCUUACCUUCUCUGAAGGUGUCUUGCAUGGCACUUUGCUUACUAAUUGAAUUUUAAAUGUCUGUGACAUUGUUCAUUUUUUCCUAGUUCAAGGGAAGUACAAACAUUAUAUGAGUUCUUCACAAUUGUGAAAAGAUGCAUUUACAUAAUAUGUUACUGCUUUAUUACUUUAAGCAAUGUCCUUCAAAGCUGAGUCAGAUGUUCAUUGUCAGAUUUGUUCACGUGAAGAACAGCAAUCAUAUUGCUUAUGACAAAUAAAUUGUACAAUCAACA